GAUGGCAGCGAAAUCCGAUGGUCGAGGGGUCGUCACCGGUUUCGCCCAGCUGCACAACCUGGAUGAGGUGGUGGGGACUGGAGAGGACGACACUCGGAACGGCAGUUCAUUCCACAUCUGCCACUGCUGCAACACCUCUUCGUGCUACUGGGGCUGCCGGAGCGCCUGCCUGCAUUACCUCCGAAGGAAGGGGAAGGGGAGAGAUGCAGGGCGACUACCGCAGGAGGAGCGCCUCUGGCUGGACUGCCUGUGGAUCAUCCUGGCGUUGCUGGUGUUCUUCUGGGACGUGGGGACCGAUUUGUGGCUGGCUAUUGACUAUUACCACAAGCAGAACUUCUUGUGGUCAGGCUUAACCCUGUUCUUCGUGCUAGUGCCCUCGGUUCUGGUCCAGAUCUUGAGCUUCAGGUGGUUUGUCCAGGAUUACACUGGGGGUGGAAUGGACUCCGUGGAGGGGCUAAGUAGUCGUAGAGCUACAGCCAGUUUUCAAAGAGACAGGUGCUGCCGCCUCUCUGUCUGGGUCUGGCAGACAGUCAUACACAUCUUUCAGAUGGGACAAGUGUGGAGGUACAUUCGCACCAUGUACCUCGGCAUUCAAAGUCACCGACAGAAGGAGAACCAGCGGCGUUUUUACUGGGCCAUGAUGUACGAGUAUGCUGAUGUCAACAUGCUGCGACUGCUAGAGACCUUCUUAGAAAGUGCCCCUCAGUUGGUGCUGCAGCUCUGCAUCAUGAUCCAGAGCAACAAGGCUGAGUGGCUGCAGUGUCUUUCUGCCUUGUCCUCCCUCCUGUCUUUGGCCUGGGUGCUAGCUUCUUACCACAAGCUCCUUCGGGAUUCACGUGACGACAAGAAGAGCAUGAGUUACCGAGGUGCUCUGGUGCAUCUAUUCUGGCGCCUUUUUACCAUCUCUUCACGGGUGCUCUCUUUUGCCCUUUUUGCCUCUGUUUUCCACAUCUACUUUGGCAUUUUUGUGGUGCUCCAUUGGUGUGCCAUGGCUUUCUGGGUCAUCCAUGGUGGCACUGAUUUCUGCAUGUCCAAAUGGGAAGAAGUACUGUUCAACAUGGUGGUGGGCGUGGUCUACGUCUUCUGUUGGUUUAAUGUACGUGAGGGCCGGACGCGGUAUAGAAUGGUGGCCUAUUACAUAGUUGUAUUGUUAGAGAAUGCCAUCCUCACCUCACUUUGGUAUGCAUACCGUGACCCAGCCACCACUGACGCCUAUGCCUCUUUUGCACUCUGUGGCGUCUUCCUGUGCUUUGCCUCAGGUGUGGCCUGCAUGAUUCUCUAUUAUGGAGUUCUACACCCUAUGGGCCCCCGACUGAGGGUAUUGGCCAGCUCUUGCUGUGCUGAGCUGCUGUGGGGCCUUCCAUUACCGCCUGAAGCUGAGCCUAUGGCUCCCACACCAGGGCCCCGUGGUUCCCAGGCCACUCCUACACGGGGUCUGGCAGGGGAACACAUGGAGUCAGAUGAAACAGCCACUGACACCUGCCUUCCGGUUUUCCAAGUGAGGUCUACAGAGCCUGUGGAUGCAGCUGGAAGGCCCAUCCAACCUGAAGGUCCGCUUAUCAAGAUAGACAUGCCCAGAAAACGCUACCCAGCCUGGGAUGCACACUUUGUGGAUCGGCGCCUGCGCAGGACCAUAAACGUGCUUCAGUACAUUAGCCCUAAUGCAGUGGGCAUCAGGUAUAGGGACGGUCCACUUCUUUAUGAACUCCUGCAGUAUGAAUCCUCCCUCUGAAGGCAUCUCCUACAGUUCUGUCACCCCUUUUACACAGUGAUGCACAUGCAUUUCAUUUCUUUUAUUUAUUCCUUCUAUUCCUUCCUACGGAUAUUAGCUCUUUCCAUUCAGCAUUGGGCUUUAUUCCUUUCUUCUCUUAGUCAACUGAGAGAAGUGUUUUGUCAAUUGAAAAGUUAAUAGGACACUCUAAACACACAGUGAUGAUUUAUUUUUGGAGAAAAAAUACAGUCGCGAGAGAAAAUUAUGAACCUACAGUAUAUUCUGUGAUACAUACAGACAUCUCUAUAAAUCUCUCUACAGUGAUAGAAGAGGUUUCUGUAUGAGUAUGUAGAUAACAUAUGAAUGUUUCAUUAUGAAAUGUGUUAAUGCAUUAUACUCUAUUGAUCAUUCAACCUGUGAAUAUUUGUGAAGGGCAUAUUGUAUGUCCCUGUGACAUGGGCCUGGUGCAAAGCCUGAUGGGAAUGAUGGA